UUGCAUGUAGGUUGACGAGUUGCAUUACAGGCUUCGAUUUUGACCCUAUCAAACCAUCAUUACACUUUGUUUUCAUAUAUAAACCAAACCCCAGUUGUCAUCUUCCUUUCUUACUUGUUCCUUAACACUGCUCGUCUCUGCUUCUUAAGACAGAAUUUUGUUUUGUUUUUUUGUAAGUGUUGUCUUAAGAAAACAUGGGUUUUGUUCGAAUUGUCUGGAUAAUUGCUUUUGGGUUUUUAUUGCUGGAUUGUUUUGUUGUGGAGUUCUGUUGUCAGGCUCAAGUUUCGCCGCCUAAAGUUUUGCCGCCAGAAGAAGUUCAAAUUCUUCAAACGAUAACGACCAAAAUGAAGAACCAAAACUGGACCAUCACUGAAACUUCUUGCAGCAUGCCAGAGUGGAACUGGACAAUUUCCUCUCAAAUUGAAAGCACUGUUACCUGCGACUGCAAUGGCACUGUUUGUCAUGUCACUAACAUCCUGCUCAAGGGUUUUAACUUAACUGGAAUAGUCCCUGAUGAACUUGCGAAUCUUACCCGUCUCGUCGAAAUUGAUUUCUCUCGUAAUGUACUUACCGGAACAAUCCCGACAAAACUUGCUCAGCUUCCAAAUCUUCAAAAACUGUCCUUUCUGGGGAAUCGUCUCAAUGGUUCAGUUCCUCCGCAACUCGGCAACAUUGCCACACUAGAGCAGUUGGUCUUGGAAGAUAAUCUGCUUGGAGGACCGCUCCCGCCAAACCUUGGAAAUUUGAGAAGCUUGAAAAGACUUCUUCUUUCUGCGAACAACUUCACAGGAACUAUUCCAGAUACCUAUGGCCAUUUAAAGAACUUAACUGACUUUAGGAUAGACGGGAGUGCACUAUCAGGGAAAAUACCUGAAUUUAUAGGCAACUGGACCAACAUUACACGAUUGGAUUUGCAAGGAACAGCUAUGGCAGGUCCUAUUCCUGCUUCCAUAUCCCUACUGACAGAGCUAGAAGAAUUGAGAAUAUCCGAUUUGCGUGGAUCCAGUGCAAGUUUUCCCAAUCUUCAGCCUCUGACAAAAAUGGAGCGAUUGAUACUGAGGAAUUGCUUAAUUACCGGUUCGAUCCCUAAUUAUCUUGCAGACAUGACAGCAUUAAAGCAAUUAGACCUUAGCAAUAAUAGGUUGACAGGACCAAUUCCAGACAGGUUUCAGAUAUUCGAAGCUAUAGAUUACCUGUUUUUGACUAAUAACUCGCUCACUGGAGAAAUACCAGGUUGGAUAUUGAGCAAUUCGAGAAGUAAGAGCUUCGACGUAUCUUAUAACAAUUUUACCGGAAAAGUUUCGACUAGUUGCCAGGAACGAAAAGUGAACUUAGUUUCUAGUCAAUCCUCUGCCAACACCAAUCAGGUUGAUUGGUGCUUCAGACAGGACCUUACCUGCUCUAGGAAGCCAGAACACCAUUCCUUGUUUAUAAACUGCGGAGGACGCGCGAAAACUUUUGAGAAUAUUGAAUAUGAAGACGACUCAACCUUAGGAGGCCCAUCAAACUUCUUCUCUGUAGCAGAAAGAUGGGCUUAUAGCAGUACUGGAGCUUUCAUGGGCAAGGAUGGUGCAGAAUUCAAUGCAGGAAACAAGUUUAAUCUGAGCGUGCCCCAUGAAAUUUACGAAUCUGCUCGACUUGCUCCUCAAUCACUCAAGUACUAUGCCCUUUGUAUGAGGCAGGGCAGCUAUAAAGUGCGGCUUCACUUUGCAGAAAUUAUGUAUUCUGAUGAUCAGACAUUUAGUAGCACCGGGAGACGCAUAUUUGAUGUAUCGAUUCAGGGAAAUGUUGUUUUGACCGAUUUCAAUAUCAUGGAGAAAGCCGGAGGAGUUGGUAAGAGUUAUGUCGCAGAAUACGAUAACAUAACAGUCAGUGGCACCACUCUGGAGAUACAUUUGUACUGGUUAGGCAAAGGUACUACUGCAAUUCCAGAUAGAGGUGUCUAUGGACCUCUCAUAUCAGCCAUUACAGUGACACCAAACUUUGAAGUUGAUACUGGAGGGGGGUUAUCGGCUGGAGCUAUAGUCGGAAUUGUAGCUGCAUGCUGCGUAGUUGUAUUGUCAAUAUUGAUCGUCCUCCGAUGGAAAGGUUGCUUAGGGGGAAAGGACCUUGAAGAUAAAGAACUUCGCGGACUUGAUCUGCAAACUGGUUAUUUCUCCUUAAGACAAAUUAAACAUGCUACCAACAAUUUUGAUCCAGCAAAUAAGAUAGGAGAGGGAGGAUUUGGGCCGGUGUACAAGGGUUUGCUGUCGGAUGGUACAAUAAUUGCUGUUAAGCAGCUCUCAGCGAAAUCAAAACAAGGGAACCGUGAAUUUGUAAAUGAAAUAGGAAUGAUAUCUGCCUUACAACACCCCAAUCUUGUGAAGUUGUAUGGAUGUUGUAUUGAAGGAAACCAACUGCUGUUAAUAUAUGAGUACUUGGAAAAUAACAGUCUUGCACGCGCACUCUUCGGUCCUGUGGAACAACGACUCAAUUUGGACUGGUCGACAAGAAAGAAGAUACUGCUCGGCAUUGCUAAAGGAUUAGCAUAUCUCCAUGAGGAGUCGAGGCUGAAAAUUGUACACAGAGACAUAAAAGCUACCAAUGUGCUUCUUGAUAAAGAUCUAAAUGCUAAGAUAUCAGACUUUGGUUUAGCCAAGCUUGAUGAAGAAGAGAACACGCAUAUCAGCACUCGAAUUGCUGGAACAAUAGGUUAUAUGGCUCCGGAAUAUGCAAUGAGGGGUUACUUGACGGAUAAAGCGGAUGUUUACAGUUUCGGAGUUGUUCUUUUGGAGAUUAUCAGUGGGAAGAGCAACACUAAUUACAGACCAAAGGAGGAGUUUGUUUAUCUUCUUGAUUGGGCCUAUGUGCUGCAAGAGCAAGGAAAUCUUUUGGAACUUGUGGAUCCAGUUCUUGAAUCCAAUUUCUCAAAAACAGGAGCAAUGAGAUUUCUGAAUUUGGCUCUUCUCUGCACCAACCCUUCACCAACACUAAGGCCAUCCAUGUCAUCUGUUGUGAGUAUGAUAGAUGGAAAAAUUCCGGUCCAAGCUCCGAUUGUUAAGCGCAAUACUGCGGAUCAGGACGCGAGGUUUAAGGCAUUCGAAAUCCUAUCCCAUGACAGUCAGAGUAACUACUCCACUUAUUCUCAAGAUCAUCAGGAUCAGAAAAGCAUAUCAAUGGAUGGGCCUUGGAUUGAUUCCUCAGUUUCCCUCCCAAGCAAAGAUGUCUCACAAGACCAUUCGUCAAGUAGGCUAAUAAAAGAUCUUUAUGAUCCUAAGUUGGAGUAAUCUAAGCACUUCACUUUUAUUUUUCAUUUCUUAAUUCAUUGUGAACAUGUGUUAAUUUUGUGUAAAUAACUUUUGUUUUAAGAGUGAGAUGAGAAAAAUUGUAAUAAUUUUUUCCAAUUUGAACUAUGAACUUUAUGAAAUUUUGGGGUCUCCGUUGUAAACUAAA